CCAUGACCAUAACCCUCUCCUUCUCCUGUGGCGGCGCUCGCUCCUAGCUUACUUCUUAGGGUUUUUCCUGAAAUCUCUAAUUUGAACUCCUCAGCCUCUCUGCAUCGUGCCAUCUUUCCCUAGUGUUAGGGUUUCGAUCUAUCAUCCUACACCGUCUUGGUAUCUAGUCGCGCUUCUAUCCCAAAUCUUCUGCGCGAGUUCCGAUUAUGGCGGCUGUUGCCCCUGCUGCAGAUCAAGCUACAGAUUUACUGCAGAAGCUGACGUUGGAAUCCAAGAGCAAGACUCAUGAUGCUCCUGAGGUUACUAAGAAGCCUUCUGGGAUCCAGUAUGGGUCAGCAAAUGGUGUGGAAGCACCAAAGGUUCAGAUCCCAUCAUCAGAACGAUCUGUGACCCCUGUUCUUCCGGAGUACAUGGAUCAUAAUAUAUGGUAUCUGCAUAACGGUUAUCCAUCGUCAGCUUAUUAUUAUAGAGGUUAUGAUGGUUCGAUGGGAGAUUGGGACGAGUAUUCUAGAUAUUUAAACCCUGAAGGAGUGGAGGUGCCACAUGGAGUUUAUGGUGAUAUGUAUCACCAUGGAUAUGGAUAUACACCUUAUGGUGCUUAUCCCUCUUCUGGUUCUGCUGUUCCAUCUCUUGGCCAUGACAGCCAAAUGUAUGGUGCUCAGCAUUAUCAAUAUCCCUCUCCAUAUUUCCAGCCACAAGCAGUCCCAAAUGGGACAUACUCUUCAAACAAUGCUCCUACUUCUCAGGCAGAAGUAAAUUCACUUGUGGUUGCAGAUCAGCCUCCCGUACCCGUGGACGCUGCCAAAUCAAAUUCAAAUGGGGUCAAUAAUGUGAGUGCCACUGCGAAUGGUGGUUCUGCGUCUCUAAAACAAGGCCAGCAAAAUUCAACCUUGACUUCAAAUGGUUCAUAUGGUAGAGGCGUUUUACUUGGUGGACACCCCUCUCCUGGAUACCAGGACCCAAGGUUCAAUUUUGAUGGUAUGCGGUCACCCAUUCCAUGGUUUGAUGGAUCUACUUUCUCUGAUGCCUAUACUAGAUCAGCUACAAACAAUGCUGUAUCUUCGACUGCUUCGCAUAAUGCUAAUUCAGCGCCAUCAAGAAAUCAGAAUGUACGUUCUGUACCCCAGCUCAUGGGCUUGCAUUCUCCGCGACCGGCACCUGGUAUGGGCCCAGCAGCUCAUGGUAUCAUUAACAGGAUGUACCCAACCAACCGAAUGUACGGGCAGUGUGGUAAUGCAUUUAGAUCUGGAAAUGCUUAUGGAACAAACAUCUAUGACUCCAGAAUCAAUGGUCGUUGGGGUAUGUUUGUGGAUGGAAAAUACAAGCCUAGAGGCCGCGGUAAUGGCUAUUAUGGCUUUGAAAAUGAUAAUGGUGAUGGAUUAAGUGAAUUAAACAGAGGACCAAGGGCUAACCGCUUUAAAAAUUACAAGGCUCCUGUAUCGACGAUUACUAUUGCAGCAAAAGGGCAGAGCCUCCCUCCAUAUGAAAAUGUCGAGGAUCCUAGUGUUGUUUCUGGCAGAGAGCAAUACAAUAGAGCUGAUUUCUCUGAUAAAUACGCAGAGGCCAAAUUUUUUGUCAUCAAGUCAUAUAGUGAAGAUGACAUUCAUAAGAGUAUCAAGUACAAUGUCUGGGCCAGCACACCCAAUGGCAACAAGAAACUUGAUGCUGCUUACAAGGAGGCAAAGGAAAUGGCAAUUGAAUGCCCAGUGUUUUUGUUAUUUUCUGUAAAUACAAGUGGACAGUUUGUUGGUGUUGCGGAAAUGGUUGGGCCAGUGGAUUUCAAUAAGACCGUUGAUUAUUGGCAGCAGGAUAAGUGGAAUGGUUGCUUCAAUGUGAAGUGGCACAUUGUCAAAGAUGUACCUAACAACAUUCUGAAGCACAUUACAAUAGAAAGCAAUGACAACAAACCAGUUACAAAUAGCAGAGACACUCAGGAAGUAAAGCUUGAGCAAGGCAUUCAAAUUCUUAAGAUUUUCAAGGAGCAUACCAGCAAGACUUCCAUUUUGGAUGAUUUCGGUUUCUAUGAAACUCGUCAAAAGGUUAUCCAAGAAAAGAGGGCUAAACAGCUGCAGCAUAGCAAGCUGAUUGUUGACUUAAAACCAGUGGACACUGUUGAUGAAAAGAGCAAGGAUGGAAUUAAUGGAAACCCAAGAUUGCAGAAGCCUUUGGAAUCAAUUACAGUUCUAAAGAAGGAAGUCAUUUCAGUUGGCCUUGGUGAACGGAAGCCUUCCGAUGAUAAUUCCUUGCCUGCAGUCUCCAUUGAUGCCUCUAAGGGAGCAAGACCAGCACCUGAAAAGCGGGUAGUGACAAACAGUGCUUCAAAUGGCUGCUAAGCUCAACCUUCAAUACAACUGUAGCCUUGGUUUUGUGUCAAAGUUUGUUUCAGCGUCUUGCUGGUAGUGAAGUUGAUGCUAAGUAUUCAACCGCUAAAGUUUAUCUGAAUCUUCCAAGGCUGCUUUGUUAACAGAUCAAAUUGGAGCUCUGUGAUAACGUUGGGAUCAUCUUUUUCAGUUCAGUUCAGUGUUGUUCGAGUCACUUUUAGUGAACCUUGCUAUAGUUGGUAGAAGCUAAUUACCCUUUCUUCUAUACUUGCCUGUUUUGCAAUUUAGGUAAUAUUUGCUAGUGAAUGCCUUUUUUUGUUUUCUUUAAUGUCUUUGGUGGUUUCAUUUCCUUUUCUAUCUUGCUUUUUUAUUGCCAUCUUUGUGUUUUAUGGGUUUUAAGUAUUUGGGGUGUCAGACGGUGGGUUUGAGUGUCGUUCCAUGUAGCUUUUUAGUUUUGUAAAGAGGCCUUCUCUGCUUUUGUAUCUAUGAGAAUCUGGAAACAGAUCCUAUACUAUUUCUUCAAUGCAAUGCAGGAGUUUAAAGGCCAAA